CACAUUAAAUGCAUACCCGCCCGCCUCACUGCCUCCUGUCCCCGACUCUCCCUCUCUCUAUCUUUCCUUCCAUUCUGGUUCUCUUUCUUUUUGAUGAUAACAGCAUAGCAGCAGAGCGGGAGAGAGAGAGAGCAGUUCACUGUGGGGAUUUCUGUUAUUUGGUUCCUGUUUCUGUGGCUUUCUGAUUCGUUGAAGCAUUUCGUCGAGCACUUCUCUUUUCAAAGGGCCGUGGCACUCGAUCUGGUUGUCUGAAUCGCAUGGUUGGCUUGGUUUUCGACGAGUGGCGGAUCGUGGGGAUCAUUGGGAUGAUGUGUUUAUAGCGUUGAAGGGUGGACUAGCUCUCUCUUUGGGUUGAAGGCUCGGUCGCUCGUUUUGCUCCGGGGUUCUCGUUUCAGUUGUUGAUGGGAAAGGUGGGGCUGGGAGUGGCGGCGGGGUGCGCGUUGGUGUCGUGCACGCUGGCGGCCAUCCUGGUGAGCAGGCGGCUGAAGAGCAGGGCGAGAUGGAAUAGGGCGGUCAGCGUGCUGAGGGAGUUCGAGGACGAAUGCUCGACGUCCAUUGGACGGUUGAGGCAGGUGGUCGACGCCAUGGCCGUCGAGAUGCAUGCUGGUUUGGCAUCCGAGGGUGGUAGCAAGCUGAAGAUGCUUCUUACCUUUGUGGAUACUCUCCCCAGCGGCCACGAGAAGGGAAUCUAUUACGCAUUAGAUUUAGGAGGAACUAAUUUCAGGGUGCUAAGGGUCCAGCUCUCGGGAAAAAGGCAAAGAAUUAUAGACCAUCACGUGGAGAAACAGGCGAUUCCCCCUCAUAUAAUGACUGGUACAAGUGAGGCUCUUUUUGAUUACCUUGCUUCUAUCUUAAAGCAGUUUGUUGAAAAGGAAGAGGGUUAUCAGCCGUCUCCCGGCACAAAGGCACUUGGCUUUACGUUUUCAUUCCCCAUGAAGCAGACCUCUGUUUCUUCAGGUGUGCUUGUGAAGUGGACAAAGGGUUUUGCAAUUCAUGACAUGGAUGGAAAAGAUGUUGCAGGAUGCUUACAAGAAGCCAUGGCUAGAGUGGGGCUAGAUAUGACUGUGGUGGCAUUGGUAAAUGACACUGUUGGAACACUUGCGCUUGGGCACUAUCAUGAUGAUGAUACCGUUGCAGCAAUUAUCAUUGGAACUGGGACCAAUGCUUGUUAUGUUGAACGCACAGAUGCUAUCACAAAAUGUCAAGGGCUCCUUUCUAACUCUGGGAGCAUGGUUGUCAAUGUGGAAUGGGGUAAUUUUUGGUCAUCUCAUCUUCCAAGAACUUCGUAUGACAAAGCUUUAGAUGAUGAAAGUCCAAACCCAGCUGAGCAGGGAUUUGAGAAGAUGAUAUCUGGAAUGUAUUUGGGUGAUAUAGUGAGAAGGGUGAUCCUAAGAAUGGCACAGGACUCUGAUCUCUUUGCUGGUGUUGAUUCUAGACUAAAUAUGGCUUUCUCUUUGAGGACUCCCUUAAUGUCUGCAAUGCAUGAAGAUGAUUCUCCAGACUUAAGAGAAGUUGCAAGAAUAAUGAAAGAAUGCCUUGGGGUUUCUGAUAUCCCUCUGAAGAUUCGUAGACUUAUUGUGCGAGUAUGUGAUAUAGUGACACAAAGAGCAGCCCGAUUAGCAGCUGCCGGAAUCGUGGGAAUCUUGAGGAAAAUUGGCAGAGAUGGAAGCGGCGGUGUUGGUAGCAGAAUGAAGGGCGAAGGUUAUAGCAGAACAAGGAGAAGAAGCGUUAUUUCAGUGGAAGGUGGUCUGUACGAGAGUUAUUCAACGUUUAGAGAAUACAUGCAUUCUGCAGUUGCUGAGUUAUUAGGGGAGGAUGUGUCCCAACAUGUUGUUCUCAGGCUAUCGGAGGAUGGCUCCGGAUUAGGGGCUGCACUUCUCGCUGCUGCGCAUGCUCCGUCCUUAUGUUAAUAGUCAUUAAUGGUCGUUAAUACAAGUCUCUCUAUCUCUCUCACAUGUAAAUAUAGAUAUUAUUAUUAUUUUAUAUAAGGGCAAGUGUGCGAGUCAUGUAUGUUAUGUUAA